UCGAGUCUUCUAGUGGCCAGCAAAAGUUUUCGGGACCGGCAAAAUUUUCUGUGUUUCAUGUCCAAAAGUAAACCCAAGGAUCCGUGCAAGGUAGCUGCGUGCCGCAUACAAACCUGCCUAAAAGAACACGACUUUGAUGAGGUAAAGUGCUACGAUGUUAUCGAAGAUAUGCGCCAGUGUUGUCUGAAGUGGCAUAAAGUAUCGCUUUGCUGUUCCGGAAUACAGCUGGACCGAGAUUACAAGGCGGAGAAGAUAGCUGCGGAGAACGAGCGACGCCAGAAGCUGGCCGGCAAGUAG